AAUGAGGAAAUAAACGAGACAGUCGAGCUGUUAUGACGCUGAGACGGUGGCCUCAUGCAUUGGAACGUGCAGUUUUGUGCAGAGGUUUAUUCUUUUUAAAUUAGGCAGCGGAAUAUUAGGCACUGUUUUAUCUGUAAACAAAGGAUUUGGAGGAAAAGGGUGACCAGUGUGACAAAACCACAAUCGUUACGUUUUAAGGAUCUUGCAUUUCUUUUCUUCUGCAGUGUCGGUUUUUUUAAAUAUUGCUAGAUAAAGGAAACAACUGAUCUGCACCUUCAAAAUGGACAGCGAAAUGUCAGAUCUCGACCAAGCAACAGGGGCUGAGAGCAGCAUGGAGGGUGAGAACGGCGAGAAUGCACCUGUUUACUGUAUUUGUCGUAAGCCUGACAUCAACUGCUUUAUGAUCGGCUGUGAUAACUGCAACGAAUGGUUUCAUGGAGACUGCAUCAAUGUCACAGAGAAAAUGGCCAAAGCCAUCAGGGAAUGGUACUGCCAGAAAUGUCAAGAAAUUAAUCCAGCUCUGGAGAUUAAGUAUCGCCCAAAGAAGUCUCGUGAGAGAGAAAUUGAUCUGGAGCAGAUGGAGGAGGACAGAAAGUCGAGAGAUACUCCUGAUUUUAAAAUGGAAAAACGUCGUGGAUCAAGGUCCCAGGUAAAGCGAUCUGCAAGAAUGUGUGGUGAAUGUGAGCCAUGUCGGCGUACUGAAGACUGUGCUCAGUGUGACUUCUGUAAAGAUAUGAAGAAGUUUGGAGGUCCUAAUAAAAUACGACAAAAGUGUCGCUUGAGACAGUGUGAGGUCCGAGCUAGGAAAAUGUUGCGUGUAAGAGAUGAUGAGUUCAUGCCUAUGAAAGAGCAAGAUGACUCCACACAAAAAGAUUCUAAUCUAUCCGAUGAUUAUGAUGAACAAGAAAUGGCUUUGUAUGAACAAUACCGUGAGGCUGGAUAUGAGGACCAUAACAUGCCAUGCUUUAGUGAUGAUGAUGAUGGACCUUUCUUGGAUUCUGUGCUUCGCAAGCGAGCUGUUAAGGUCAAGCAUGUCAAAAGACGGGAAAAGAAGUCUGAGAAAAAGAAAGAAGACUACAAAUAUCGUCGUCAUAAACAGAAGCAAAAACACAGAGACAAGACUAAGCAUAGUGAUCGAGGUGACACUAAGGAUUCUGGGGGCUUGCGUCAAUGCUUGGGACCUGGUUGUGUGGAAGUGGCACGCUCAAACUCCAAGUACUGCUCUGAGGACUGUGGCAUGAAGCUGGCUGCCAAUCGCAUUUAUGAAAUUCUGCCCCAGCGAAUUCAGCAGUGGCAACAGAGCCCGUGCAUUGCAGAGGAACAGGGAAAAAAGCUUUUGGAAAGAAUCAGACGUGAGCAACAUCAAGCACGAAUGAAGUUGCAAGAAAUGGAGCGACGCUUCCAUGAGCUUGAGAACAUCAUCAUCAAGGCCAAACAACAGGCUGUGCAGCAUGAUGAGGAAGUGAAUGAAGGUGAUAGUGAUGACACAGACCUUCAGAUAUUCUGUGUAUCCUGCAGCCAUCCGGUCAACCCCAAGGUGGCACUGCGACACAUGGAAAGAUGCUAUGCCAAGUAUGAGAGCCAAACAUCUUUUGGAUCUAUGUAUCCAACUCGGAUUGAAGGGGCUACCCGUCUCUUCUGUGACGUCUACAACCCACAGAGCAAAACUUACUGCAAACGCCUUCAAGUUUUGUGUCCAGAGCAUUCAAGGGACCCAAAGGUACCAGCAGAUGAAGUGUGUGGCUGCCCAUUGGUCAAGGAUGUCUUUGAGCCAACAGGAGAAUUUUGCCGUGUAUCCAAACGCAAAUGUAAUAAGCACUACUGCUGGGAGAAGUUAAGACGGGCAGAAGUGGACCUGGAGCGAGUCCGGGUGUGGUACAAGCUGGAUGAGCUUUUUGAACAAGAGCGUAAUGUCAGGACAGCAAUGACAAAUCGUGCUGGUUUACUGGCCCUAAUGUUGCAUCAGACUAUUCAGCACGAUCCCCUGACCACAGAUCUCCGCACCAUCAAAGACCGCUGAUCUGCACAGUCGACUUUGGAAGCGUCAGUUCAGCCUUGUUUUCUGCAGUGCCAGCAUCUGCGUACAUAGUGAACUUCUGCUUCAUCAUGGACUUCUGCCUAAUGUGUUCACUAUGUACAGCGCUUUCUUACUGGAACAGUUUCAGAAGAGGAGGUGGGGACAUUCUGGUGACAUCCACAUUGAUGGAAAAUUGCAUUGUAUAAAGUGAGAGAUUUUUUGUAUUUUUUUCUUUUAAAAUGUUUUCUAUUACAUUCUGUGCUGUGUAACUGAACUUUGAAAUGUACUUUUCAUAAUCAUGACUGGAAUCAAAUAAAUCAGUCAACUGAUCAAA